AUUGAAGUUGAUUUUGAGCAUUUUCUGAUUUGUUAAUUUAAUUCACUUACAGUAGUUUUAAAGUAUUUUUCCUUUGCAUGAAAAAAUCUGUAAGCUACUGCUGAAUAGCAAUAGCUAGCAAAAGCAGGAGGUGAACCAGCCUGCCUAAGCUCAAGAGACAGCCAGUUUGACACCGAGGAGCAACCAGAGCAAUGUCCCUGGCUGGGGUAAGCUGUCUGGUGACAGGAGCAGGAGGAUUUCUUGGCCAGAGGAUUGUCCGCUUGCUUUUGGAAGAAGAGGAGGCUCUGGCUGAGAUCAGACUGCUGGACAAAGCCUUUAGUGAGGAAGCACUCGGCAGAUUUGAAAAGUUCAAGGGUAAGACUGAGGUGAAAAUCCUGGAAGGGGACAUCCGAGAUGUGACAUUCCUGCACCGUGCCUGUCAGGGAGUCUCCCUCGUCAUCCACACGGCUUCCCUCAUUGACACCCUGGGCCUCAUAGAGAAGAAGUUGCUCUGGGAAGUCAAUGUAACAGGUACUCAGCUACUGCUGGAGGCAUGUGUCCGCUGUAACGUCCAGCACUUCAUAUACACCAGUACCAUAGAAGUGACAGGCCCAAACUGCAGAGGUGACCCAAUUUUCAAUGGUGACGAAGAUACAGCUUAUGAGAGCAUAUCGAAAUUUCCUUACGCCCAAAGUAAGAGACUGGCAGAGGAUUCUGUGCUGAAAGCAGAUGGCCAGGUGCUAAAGGAUGGCGGCACACUGAUGACCUGUGCCCUGAGAUCCAUGUACAUUUUUGGAGAAGGAUGUCCGUUUCUUCAAGGUCAUCUGGAUAAGUGCCUGUUGAACCAAAAUGUCUACCUGCGCUUCUCCAGGAAGGAGGCUCUGGUGAACCCUGUGUACGUGGGGAAUAUCGCCUGGGCACAUGUGCAGGCGGCCAAAGCCCUGAGAGUCCCGCAGAAAGCCAAGCAUGUCAGGGGGAAGUUCUACUACAUCUCAGAUGACACUCCUCACAUGAGCUACGCAGACCUAAAUUACGAGCUGACCAAGGACCUGGGGUUUGGAAUCGAGCCCAAGCUCCCCAUGCCUCUGACAAUGUUGUAUUACUUCUCACUGCUGCUGGAGAUCGUGAGCUUCUUGCUCCGGCCCUUUGUCAGAUACAUCCCCUCCACCAACCGUCACCUGGUCACCCUCCUGAAUACUCCAUUCACCUUUUCUUACAGAAAAGCACAAAAGGAUUUUGGCUAUGUGCCUCGCUACACGUGGGAAGAGGCCAAGCAGUGUACUGGGUGCAGGGAGGGCCAGCAGAAGGUGAAGUGGAGAGAUGGAUCCAAGCACCCACACACCCUGAGCACCGUUGGGUUUGCAUCUGUGUUGUCUUUCACUUCAGGUGUCUGCUCAAAAUGGUGGAGUGCCUGUAAUAAAAAAUACCGAAAUCCUGAGGGAAUGGGUACCUGAACACAUUACUCUGCUGCUCAGCAGAGAGAGCCUGUGCACGCUGUUACCCAAUAACAAACACAAGCUAAUAAAGAUACUCUGAGAACAGG